AUGCCUCAGCCAUCCCGAGUUGUUUUCGUCGGCCCCGGCUGCCGUGGCAAUGCUUGGGCAAACUCUCCAGCCAACUUUGGAGAUAAGUUCGCCAAGCGUGUGAUCCAUGGGUGA